AUGUUUUGGAGAUUCGGCGGUUACGCCAACAUCUCCACCAUCGACACAAUCCUCGAUAAGCCAGACUUUACCCUCGAGGAGCUACUCGAGGAGACAGACUUGAUCCAGGAGCUCAAGCAGCACAACUCAAAGCUCAUCGAAUACCUCCGAAGCGACAAGGUCCUCGAUAAUCUGCUCGAAUAUGUAGUCGCUCCAAAGCUCGAGACCGUCGAGUCUCCCGACGAGUCCACCGACCAAGAGGCCAAGGCCAAGAACCGUUUCCUCUCUCUCUCGCGACCGCGCGCAUCAUCCCGCGCCACCGACCCGGGCGACGAUGAGGAGGAGCAGGAGAAGAAGCGCAAUCGCUACGCUUUUGUAGCUUGCGAGAUUCUUAGCUCCGAUACUUGGUCCAUCUACGAGGCCUUGGCUGAGAACAGACAAUUGAUUCGCGAUUUUUGGAACUUCUUGUCCCGCCCUGCCCCGCUCGAUCCCCUCCAGGCGAGCUACUUCACAAAAGUCAAUGAGUCUCUGUUCGAGAAGAAGACUGAGGACAUGAUGGAAUUAUUGACGACUCUUCCCGAUGCUGUCCCUAAUUUACUCAAGCAUGUUGAGUGUCCUAUGGUCAUGGACCUACUGCUCAAAAUCAUUGCCCUGGACCGUAACGAGGGUGGCCAGGGUGUGGUCGAGUGGUUGUACUCCAAGGACAUCAUCCCGAGCCUUCUUUCCUGCCUCAGCCCCGAGAACAACUGGGUUGUGCAAACCGCCGCAGGUGACUUCAUCAAGGCGAUAAUCACCAUCUCUGCCAAUGCCUCCCAGAACGAACAACAAUGCAUCGGCCCUAACGAGCUCACCCGCCAGCUUGUUUCCAAGCCAUGCAUUGAGCAGCUUAUCGGCUACAUGCUUGGCGGCGGCAACCCUCUGACAGUUGGUGUUGGUAUCAUUAUUGAAGUCAUUCGAAAGAACAACUCCGACUAUGAUCCUGAUAUGGGCACCGAGGCGAGCGCUGCGCCCUCCAGCCGCGAUCCCAUCUACCUGGGUACCCUUCUUCGUCUGUUCGCUGAGAACGUUCCCAAGUUCAUGAACCUAAUCAUGGACGUUCCCUCUAAGAAGGAGAAGAUCGACUCGACCUUUGGCGUCAAGCUCGAGCCCCUUGGCUUUGACCGAUUUAAGACAUGUGAGCUCAUGGCCGAGUUGUUGCACUGCAGUAACAUGGGCUUGUUGAAUGAGCCAGGUUCCGAGGAGCUUACGGCUCAGCGUGAUAUCGAGCGACAACGUCUUCGUACCGAGGGCAAGUUGGCGCCGCUCAAGGAGGAGGAUCACUCCACUGACGACUUGACCAUGCGAAGCGCUGCACCCGAGGAGAAGAGACGUCUUGAGGUCACUAACGCUGACGACGAUGGUUUCGAGGAGGUUGAGCCUAGCAAGGAGAUGAGUGAGGAUACUUCUCAUGAGUUUGUCAAGGCUGAAGACGACAUUCCUGGCGCUUCUACAACAUCGCUCAGCAAGGAUGAGGAUGACUUUGUCGAUGAGCCGCUCAGCCCUCCUCAAACAGCCGCAAAGGGCGACGAGACACGAUUCGAUGAGCCGGAUUUGAUGGUUGCGCCUUUGUCACCCACAAAAACCAAGACCGCUGAGCCUGCGUCUGCAGAGCCUGCUAAGGCUGAUUCAACUGAGAAGUCCGAAUCCAAGGAGCCCGGCAGCGAAAAGGCCGAGGAAUCCAAGCCUAAGACAACGCAAGAGGAUACUCCAAAGGAGGACACAUCUGAUUCUUCAGCUAUCCUGACUCCUGCUCCAUCCGAGCCAGAAUCCAAGGCUGAAUCUACGGAUGCCUCCGUCAAGGUGGAGGAGCAGCCUCGAGGUAUCUCUCCUCAGCCGGACGAUAUGCCUGCACCUCUCUUCUCUGCUCCUCCUCCACCGGAAUCUGGAGCUGAUCGCCCACCACAAGCGGCUGAAAAGGCGGCUGGUGAUGCUCAAGCUGCGACUGCUGAGGCCUCCACCACUGAGACAAAGACCGAGGAGGCCAAGGACGACAAGCCUAAGGAGGAGCAGCAGCCUACCGGACAGGCUAGCGAGGAGCCCGUCGUUGGAGAUUUCCUGAAGCUUCAGUUCGUUGAACACCGUGUUGUCCCAACCAUUCUUAACUUCUUCUUUGCAUACCCCUGGAACAACUUUCUGCAUAAUGUUGUGUACGAUAUCGUUCAGCAAGUUUUCAACGGCCCCAUGGACCGCAGCUACAACCCCACAUUGGCCGUUUCAUUGUUCGAAGCUGCCGACGUUACAAGUGCCAUCAUCAACGGCCAAAAGGCCAGCGACGAGUCCCAGGCCAAGACCAAGACCCGCAUGGGAUACAUGGGACACCUCACCCUCAUCGCUGAGGAGGUUGUUAAGUUCACCGAACGCCAUCCCCCGGAGCUCCUCUCGGAGACUGUUCUUGACCGAGUCAUGAGCCAGGAAUGGAUCAGCUACGUUGAGGGAUCGCUCGCCGAGACACGCGAGCGAGACAAUGCCAUCCUUGGUGGUGUACGACCGGAGGUAGCUAUGGGCAACCGGUCAAUGGGCGGCAGUGGACUUGGUGGCGUUGGCCUGUCUGGCUUGAGCGGAGGCUCUGGCGGUGGUGGUUCCAGUGCACUUGCGGAAGCUGGCCUUAACGGGGGAAUAGAGCUCAGCCAGGACAGCGGAAAUGGCAUCGGCCCUUUCACUAUCAGUGGAGCCACAUUAAUGUCUGGCUUUGGCAGCAGCAGCGAUGAGGAGGACGAAGAUGGGGACGAAAACGAGGAGGAUGUCAAUUCCGAGGUGAGUGGUGUUUCCGCUGAAGCUGAAGACGAUGGUUCGGAUCACAGCAUCCCUGGAUACCCUGGCAUAGCAGAAACACUUGAGGAUGUGAUCAUGCGGUCUCCUGAGACUUUUGCAUCACAAUUCCCUGACUUGGAUUAUCGGGAGGACGUCACAAGGGGGUCUCCUAUGGACUUGGACGAAACUGUAGCACACCAUCAGCGCUCAUCUCAAGAUGAAGAGCAACAGCAUGCUGAGCAGGUUGAGGAUGUCUCGAAACCAGAAGGCAACCCUUAG